UGGGAAUGGUCGGUAGGGGUAUCUGUACGUCAAGCUUCGUCCAAUGAAUGCUCAUAGGUGCAGAAAGCAACUCACAACUCCCACGGGCAAACCCCCUACUUUCACCCAAAUUCAUUUCUCCACCGCUUUAUAGAUCAAAUUUUCCCGUUAAUCUUCAUUUUUGUUGUUGUUGUAAAGAUCUGACUCUUUCCACUUUAAACCCACAUAAUUUUAUUUCACAUUCUUCAGUUUUAGACGUUUUUCAUUUUUGCUUUGCGUUUUCGAGAAAUGAUGAAGCUGAAGAACUAUUAAUCUUUGAUUAUUUUAGAUUUUUAAGUAAUAUCAUAACUUUCCACUCUAAACCCACAUAAUUUGAUUACACGUUCAUCGAUUUUAGGUAUUCCAAUUUUUUUUUUCUUUUUUUUCUUGGUAAUGAAGUUGGUGAAAAACUAUUAAUCUUUGAUAAUUUUAGAUUUUUUAUGUAAGGUCAGAAAUUUCCACUGUAAACCACAUAAUUUGGUUUCACAUUCUUCAAUUUUGGGUAUUCCUUGUCGAUUUUGCUUUGCAUUUUAUUGCAUUGAAGUACCUGAAGAACUAUUUAAUCUUUAAUAAUUUUAGAUUUUUUUAAGCAAGAUCAGAAUUUCCCACUCCAAACCCACAUAUUUUUAUUCCACAUUCUUCAGUGAACUAUUAUUCCACAUUUUAGUGAAAUGAAGAAGUUCAAGAGCUAUUAUAUGCACUUGAGGCACCCACGAUCACUGGAGAGAAAAUGGAUCUUCCCAUUAGCAAUUUGUUCAAUUUUCUCAUUGUUUCUUCUUUUCUUAACAACCAUAACCUCGCCGGAUGGCGGGAUGAAAUUCUACCGGUAUUUAUCCUUCUCUGCUACUGCCUCGGCCAACACCACCACGACGUCUAUUUUUGUGGAGUCUAAACUCAUGCCUAUCCCAAUUUCUAGCCUCCCUUCUCCGCCGCGAUUGGCAUACUUAAUAUCUGGCUCAGCCGGCGACGGUGCCAUGCUCCGCCGUACCCUCCAGGCUCUCUACCACCCGUACAACCAGUAUGUAAUCCACCUCGACGGGGAGUCGAAAGCCGAGGAACGGCUCAAUCUGUAUAAUUACGUAAAAACUCAUCCUGUUUUGGGGAAAUUUAAGAAUGUUCGGAUGAUUACCAAGGCUAACUUGGUGACUUAUCGUGGGCCGACAAUGGUGGCGAAUACACUACAUGCAGCAGCCAUUUUGCUGAAGGAAGGUGGAGAUUGGGAUUGGUUUAUAAAUCUCAGCGCUGCUGAUUACCCACUGGUUACUCAAGAUGAUAUGCUUCAUACAUUUUCAUACUUGCCGCGGGAUCUUAAUUUCAUUGAUCAUACAAGUGAUAUAGGAUGGAAAGAGUUUCAGAGGGCGAAGCCAAUUAUAAUUGAUCCAGGGCUCUACAUGACAAAGAAAUCUGAUGUGUUCUGGAUUACUCAGCGGAGAAGCGUGCCAUCAGCAUUUAAACUCUUUACUGGAUCUGCUUGGAUGGCACUCUCUCGACCGUUCAUCGACUACUGCAUAUGGGGAUGGGAUAACUUACCGCGAACUGUCCUCAUGUACUAUGCUAAUUUCUUAUCCUCUCCAGAAGGCUACUUCCACACCGUCAUCUGUAACGCUCAUGAAUUCCAGAAUACAACUGUGAACAGUGAUCUUCAUUUCAUAUCGUGGGAUAAUCCCCCGAAGCAGCAUCCCCACUACCUUAGAGUUGAUGACAUGCAAAGAAUGGUCGACAGUAAUGCCCCAUUUGCUAGAAAGUUUCACCAUGAAGACCCAGUGCUCGACAAAAUUGAUUCUGAGCUCCUGUUCCGUGGUCGAGGCAUGAUCGCUCCAGGUGGGUGGUGCAUAGGUAUGGGGAAAAACGGGACAGAUCCAUGCUCGGUUGUGGGUAAUAUAACAGUUCUAAGGCCUACUGCAGGUGCAAAGAGACUAGAAAAUCUUAUUAGCUCUUUAUUAUCAGAAGAUAAUUUCCGACCAAGGCAGUGCAAAUAACUAAACCUGUUCAAGAAGAGAAAGAUAUUACUUAUAUCAGAAAAUAGAUGGGUAAGCGAGAUAUAAUUUCCAAAUGGGAGAAUGAUUUGAUCAGGGCUUGCAUGAAUUCGAAAAUCGAUGUGGAAUCAUGCCAAACAUGUACCUCUUGUUCAGUAUGUAUAAACAUGUGUACUUGUAUCAGCAAAUUCUCGCACGUGUUGAAAGAAAAAGGAAAUUUCAAUGGCUGUUGCUUUUCCGGCCUUUUU